GUGGCAACAGUGUUCCAGGUAGGGUUACUGAUGGUAGACGAUUUGGUGUGGACUCUCUGCCCUCUGGUAAAUGUGUUGCACUUGGAACUUUGAUGCGGGAAGUGGCAAGUUUUGAUAUGCAAUAUGGUGUUGCUUGAGAAUGAAGUUUUUCUGACGGAGCUCACGCGAAUGUUCCAGCGCGCGCGAAACAGUGGGGCUGUGGUUAUGGUUAUGAAGAGGUAUGAUGGCCGCACGAAACCACAUCCAGCAAAAGGAAAGAAGCCUCUUCCAGAACCUACUGAAUUUAUGUGUCUAAUGAGAGCGACUUUAAAGAACAAAAAAAUCAGUACUGUUAUUCAUCCUAAGGAUGUCAACAAGUUUCAGCAAGCCUAUUGCAACCUACUGAGGGGAAAUUUGGAUGGACUGAAGAAACUUAAGAAAACGAAAACUAAAGCAAAAGCUACUCAAUAAUGUUGAUGUAUUUGUAUAUAACUGAUAUAUUGUGUUAUUUAAGAGUCUAAUUUAUGUUUUCUAUGAGAUGUUCCUGAUGUGUUAGUCUCUGAAUGAAAAAGAAAUUUUUUGUGGAA